UUGUCCGUCACCCUAGGCUUUGUCUUCGCCUGCUCACCUGGCCGCGGGCACGUCCUGGCCGCUGCAGCCCAGAGCGGAGUGUCAGCCGCUGCCGCCGCCGCUGCCGCCAUGGUGUCCCCGGUCACUGUGGUGAAGAGUGAGGGACCCAAGCUGGUGCCCUUCUUCAAGGCCACCUGCGUGUAUUUUGUGCUCUGGCUGCCCUUGUCCAGCCCAUCGUGGGUCAGCGCCCUCAUCAAGUGCCUGCCCAUCUUCUGCCUCUGGCUCUUCCUUCUGGCCCAUGGCCUAGGAUUCCUGCUGGCCCAUCCCAGUGCCACCCGCAUCUUGGCGGGGCUCGUCUUCUCCGCUCUAGGUGAUGCCUUCCUCAUCUGGCAGGACCAGGGUUACUUUGUGCACGGUCUGCUGAUGUUUGCUGUGACCCACAUGCUCUACGCCUCGGCCUUUGGCAUGCGGCCACUGGCUCUGCGGACAGGUCUGGUGAUGGCAGUGCUCUCGGGCCUGUGUUAUGCUCUUCUCUACCCGUGCCUCUCAGGUGCCUUCACUUGUCUGGUGGGGGUCUACGUGGCCCUCAUCGGCUUCAUGGGCUGGCGGGCUAUGGCAGGACUACGGCUGGUCGAGGCAGCCUGGCGCUGGACUGAGCUGGCGGCAGGCAGCGGUGCGCUGCUCUUUAUCAUCUCAGACCUGACCAUCGCCCUCAACAAGUUCUGCUUCCCCGUGCCCUACUCACGGGCACUCAUCAUGUCCACCUACUAUGCUGCCCAGAUGCUUGUUGCCCUAUCAGCUGUUGAGAGCCGGGAGCCACUGGAAGACUACAGACCGAGCAAGGCCAACUGAGAGGCCAGGGGCUAGUUACCCCUCUCUCCUCCUGGGGCAGGGAUCCAGAACCCGCAAGGACUGGGUCAGGAUGGCUGUAGGCCUAACCUGGGGCAGCAGAUACCACCCGGGAAAUGUACAAGUUUGAGGGGCUGAGCAGGAAAGGGAUCUCUCUAGCAAAGCUAGCCAGUCCAGAACAAUUCUGAGAGCUAAAAAGAGCCAGCCUCAUUCUCCUUGCUGGAGCUGAAAUCAGACAUCUCCCCACCUCUAACCCCAUCGGGACUGUCAAAACCCCUCUGGAGGGUGAUGGUGCUCAGAGUCUUGUCUCCCCUCGCCCCACUUCUUCUAGAUAGAAAAGUCUGACUCACCCACUCCCAGUCUUUCUGAUCUGCACAGAGUUGAGGGAAGAGAGGAGAAAUCUGAGCUGAGAUGACCCAAGCCCAGGGCUUGAAGCCCCUUUUGCAGGCCCCUAGUUGGGAAGAUUGGAUGAGAAUGGAGUCUCCCUUUCCUUCAUCUAUCCUUGUUACUUGAACAAUCUCAAUUUCUAAGUGUUGGUGGGAAGGUGAAGGGGUGUCUGUCCAGGUAGGCGAGACUGGGGACUUCACUGGCCUGGGAGCUUGGGUUCCCAAGGAUUCAAGUUGGUCCCAUCCCUCUCAGAGGCUAGCCCAGAGUGCAGGCCCACCACCACCACCCUUAGACCCUAUCCCCAGGGCUAGGGUGAACCAUGCCAAAGGAAGGGGCCAGCCUGUAUUUGUGUCUGUGCAUGUGACUCCAUGUGUGUGUGUGGUCUGUCUCCCAGUCUAUGUCUGACUCUGCCAUCUGUCUCUGUCCUGCUGUCUAAGUCUUAUAAGGGAGAGGGCCUCAGGGAGUUGCUGAGGGGGUGCUGAGCCUGGCUUAGAGAGCUGGGACCCCACCCUGCCUCCAUCAGUGCUUUCCUCUCUGCCCCUUCUGCACUGGGAGCCAGAGGAGGGGGCUCCAAUGACAUUCUAGGGUCAUAAGACCUAAGGCAUAUUCAAUGCAAAAGGAGCAAGGAUGGGACAACUCCAUCCUUUGCUGCUCACGUGAAAAAAAAAAUAAAAACCAAGGGCCAUCAUCUCUCCUGCUUGUCUGCCUGUGUGGCAUGUGGCUGUCCUGGAGAGGAGGGGGUGGGACAUGGUGCCAUGGGCCCUGGAUGUCCUUACAGCCUGGGUCACAGUCCUGGCCAGUGCAUCUUGGCGCCAGGCUGGCUCCCUGGCUCUGGUGACACGGUGCUGGUUGGAGUGGGUCUCACUUCCCCGGUCACGUGUAUGGGUGAGGAUGUAGUUCAGGAGGAUGGGGGAUGGGUCGGAUUUACCACCAUCCAAGUUUCUCCUUGAUACAUUGCCCUGCGCACGGGUGCCUGGCCUCCUUUGGUAUCCUUGGAGUCGAGCGGGUCACUGUCACCGAUUUCGUUGCGGGCCACCACUCGGAAGUAGUACUUCCUGCCGGGGAGUAACCCUGUCACCGUGUACUUGUUGCUGAAGACGCGGUCAGCUGCU